AUGAACAUCAUCACCGUUAUCGGCAGUGGCCUUAUAGGUCGGUCGUGGGCGAUGGUGUUCACCAGUGGAGGCUACAGAGUGAAAAUCUAUGACAACCAACCGGGACAGGCGGCCAGUGCCAUGACUGAGAUCAAGAAGCAGAUGCUGGAGCUACAGGAAGUUGGAAUGCUGAGAGGGCAGUUGAACGCCACACAGCAGUUUGCCUUGCUCAGCAGUCACGACGACCUGCAGCAAGCGAUGCAGGGGGCCUUCUUUGUGCAGGAGUGUGUCUUUGAGAAACUUGAUGUGAAGCAGAACCUUUUCCGGGACGUGGAGCAUCUGGUGGCCGGAGAUGUGAUUCUAAGCAGUUCCACUUCCUGUUUGGUGCCCAGCGCUGUCUUCUCGUUGGUUCAAAAUCAGAGCCGCUGUCUCGUCUCCCAUCCGGUCAAUCCGCCCUACUAUGUCAAACUUGUGGAGCUGGUACCUCACCCCAACACGAUAGCAGCUAUCAUGGACAAAACCCACGCCCUGAUGACGGAGGUGGGUCAAGUGCCUGUGCGCCUUCGGAAAGAGAUUGACGGUUUUACUCUCAACAGAGUGCAGGCCGCCAUCAUCGCAGAAUCUUGGAGGCUGGUCCAGGAUGGCAUUAUAUCCGUCCAGGACAUCGACUUGGUGAUGUCAGAGGGACUGGGAAUGCGCUACGCCUUCAUCGGGCCCAUGGAAACAAUGCACCUGAAUGCACCUGAAGGUCUUGGAGACUAUCUGAAACGUUACGGUGAAGGCUUCCAAAGGGUUUUGAGGUCCUUUGGGCCUGUACCGGACUUCUCUGCUGAGGAUGCCAAGAGCGUGGUUAGCGAGAUGUGCGAGCUAAUCCCCAAUGACGAGCAGCACCUGUCGGCCCGCCGAGAGCGGCGAGACCAGCUCCUCAUGGGCCUGUCCCGCCUCAAAAAAGACCACUAA